UCUUUCUGGUCACACAGUCGCAUGCGUCAUUCCGUUGGUACAACUGUACUUUGGUCAGGCGGUCGCAAUGCCGAGUGACAUUUCUGUUGGUGAGUUGAGUAGCCUCCCCUCCCCUCCCACGCAGGAUUGUGUGCUGUUUACCCUCCCCAUUCAAAUUUCUCUCAUGGCUUCCGCCUGACGGCUCCCUCUGAGGCAGCGCCAAAGCAAGCCGAGUCAAUGCGCAAUUCAGUCCGUUAUCAUUUCCAGCACCCCAAACGAGUCAUAUCCAAAGUUGCCCGCGUCGAUUCAUCGGAUCCCAUGGCACCUGGCAGGCAAAUUCGAUCCAGCAGCGCCGAGCGUCGCAGCAGCAUGGGCGCGGCUGCAGCACCUGCCUCCCGCGGACCGCCUGCACACGGCGCUGCUGCCCGCCGCCAAGGGCAGAAAGGAGGGCGAGGGGGGCGGGGGGCUGGUGGCGGCGGACGUGCGCACGCUGAGGCGCGCGCAGCGGGAGCAGGUUGUGGAGCGCGCGCUGGGGACGGUGGAGGCGGACAACGAGGCGUUCCUCCAGAAGCUCGCACGCCGCGCCGACCGCGCGGGGCUGCAGCUGCCGUCAGUGGAGGUGCGCUUUGAGCACCUCCAAGUGCAGGCGGCCGUGUACGUGGGGGGGCGCGCGCAGCCCUCGCUGCCCAAUUCCGCGCGCAACGCACUCGCGUCUGCGCUUCGUGCACUGCGCCUGGUGCCGGACGCACGCCGCCCCUACCCCAUUCUGAACGGGUGCUCGGGCGUGCUGCGCCCGGGCCGCAUGACGCUGCUGCUAGGGCCGCCGGGCGCCGGCAAGUCCACGCUCCUGCAGGCGCUGGCGGGCUGCCAGGACCAGUCGCUCAAAGUCAGGCUUGUAACAGGGCUGCUGAGGCUUAUAACAGCUUCUAACCAACCGCUAACCGCUAUGUCCGGCAGCGUGACCUACAAUGGGCAUGCCCUGGGCGAGUUCGUGCCUGAGCGCACGGCGGCGUACGUGCCGCAGACAGACGAGCACAUUGGCGAGCUGACUGUCCGCGAGACGCUCGACUUCUCUGCGCGCCUGCAGGGCCCGGGGCUCAGGAAAGGGCUGGUGGCGGAGCUGGAUAGGCGCGAGGCGGAGCGCGGCAUCGUGCCAGACGCCGCCAUGGACGCCGCCAUGAAGGCCAUGGCAGUGGAGAGCAACCCCACCAACGUCAUCACGGACUAUGUGCUCCAGAUCCUCGGCCUGGACGUGUGUGCCGACACAGUGGUGGGCAAUGGCAUGUUGCGCGGCAUCUCGGGCGGGCAGAAGAAGCGUGUGAGCACGGGCGAGGCGCUGGUGGGCGGCAAGCAGGUGCUGCUGCUGGACGAGAUCAGCACGGGGCUGGACUCCUCCACCACCUUCCUCAUCACGCGCUGCCUGCGCCACCUCACCCACCUGCACCGCGCCACCACGCUCGUGGCGCUGCUGCAGCCCGCCCCUGAGACGUACACCCUCUUUGACGACGUGCUGCUGCUCUCCGAGGGCCACGUGGUGUUCCACGGCCCGCGGGAGGCCGUGCUGCCCUUCUUCCGCGCACUGGGCUUCCACUGCCCCGCCCGCAAGGGCGAGGCGGACUUCCUGCAGGAGGUGACGUCCAUCAAGGACCAGGGGCAGUACUGGAGCGAUGCCACCCACCCGCACCACUACGUGCCCGCGGUGGCCUUUGAGGCCGCCUUCAACGACACACACCUGGGCAAAGCGGCUGCUGCCCACCUCUCCGUGCCCUACCCCAGGGAGAAGAGCCCUCCCGGCGCCCUAGCUCACGAGCGCUACGCACUGCCGCCCACAGCCAUGGUGGCGGCGCUGCUGGCGCGCGAGUGGGCGCUCAUGCGGCGCAACGGCGUGCUGUACGCGGCGCGCACGGUGCAGACAGUGCUGCUGGCGCUGGCCGCCAUGACCGUCUUCCUGCGCUGCACGCUGCACGUGGCGGUGCGCGACGGCGCCUACUACCUGGGUGCGCUGUUCUUCGCGCUGCUCAUGAUGCUCUUCAACGGCCUCUCCGAGAUGGCGCUACUCACCGCCCGCCUGCCCGUCUUCUACCGCCACCGCGCCGCGCUGCUCUACCCUGCGUGGGCAUGGGUGGCGCCCAUGGCGCUGCUCUCGCUGCCCUUCUCUGCGUGGGCGUCCGCCCUCUGGGCCGCCCUCACCUACUACACCAUCGGCUUCGCCCCCGAGCCGGGCAGGUUCUUCCUGCACCUGCUGCUGCUCUUCCUGCUGCACCAGACCGCCAUCGCCCUCUUCCGCCUCGUGGCAGCGCUCGCCCGCAGCACCGUGCUGGCGGCCACUGUCGCCACGUGCGCCCUCGUGCUGCUCGUCCUCCUCGGCGGCUUCCUCCUCGACAAAGCGGACAUCCACAGCGUGUGGGUGUGGCUGUACUGGCUGUCGCCCCUCAUGUACGCGCAGACCGCCAUCAGCGUCAACGAGUUCCUCGCGCCCAGGUGGAACGUGUCUGCAGGGCCGCUCUUCCCCCCCUCGGCCACCAUGGGGCAAGUGGUGCUGGAGAGCCGCUCGCUGGCCACGGAGGGCGGGUGGAGGGGCAUAGGCGUGGCGGUGCUGCUGGGGUACAUCGUGCUCUUCAACCUCCUCACCACCCUCGCCCUCACUUACCUCCAUCCUUGGGGCCGCCCGCACCCAGGAGUGUCGGAGGAGCAGCUGGAGGCGAAGCAUGCGGCGCGCACAGGCGAGGUGGGGGGACUGGCAGGCGGUAGUGAGAAGCGGUCCAGGCGGCAGCGCAAGGGCACGGGCAGUGCGCUGGACCAAUACUGCAGCAGGCACACGGGAUCGAGAGACGUGGAGUCCCAGCUAGGGUCAGAGGAAGGCCAGCACGGCAUGGUGCUGCCGUUUGAGCCACACUCGCUCUCUUUCCACAACGUCAGCUACUUCGUCGACAUGCCUGCCGACAUGCGCACCGAGGGGGCACCCCCACACGCACGCCUGCAGCUGCUGCGCUGUGUGUCGGGCGCCUUCCACCCCGGGGUGCUGACGGCCCUGAUGGGUGUAUCGGGCGCAGGCAAGACGACCCUCAUGGACGUGCUGGCAGGGCGCAAGACCGGGGGGUUCAUCGAGGGCGAUGUGCGUGUCUCGGGGUUCCCCAAGGUCCACGAGACGUUUGCGCGCGUGGCGGGGUACUGCGAGCAGAGCGACAUCCACACGCCGCAGGUGACGGUGCACGAGUCGCUGCUCUUCUCCGCGUGGCUGCGCCUGCCGGCGGACGUGGGGCGCGAGGUGCAGGAGGAGUUUGUGGAGGAGGUGAUGGCGCUGGUGGAGCUGGACGGGCUGAGGGGCGCCAUGGUGGGGCUGCCGGGGGUUAACGGGCUAUCCGUGGAGCAGAGGAAGCGGCUGACGAUCGCGGUGGAGCUGGUGGCGAAUCCGAGUAUCAUCUUCAUGGACGAGCCCACCAGUGGGCUGGAUGCGCGUGCGGCAGCCAUUGUGAUGCGCACUGUGAGGAACACGGUGGACACGGGGCGGACGGUGGUGUGCACCAUCCACCAGCCGUCCAUCGACAUCUUUGAGGCCUUUGAUGAGCUGCUGCUCAUGAAGCGCGGCGGCGAGGUGAUCUACAUGGGCCCGCUGGGCACCGACUCCAAGGUCAUGAUCGACUACUUCCAGGCCAUCCCCGGCAUGCCGCCCAUAUCUGACAGCUACAACCCCGCCACGUGGAUGCUCGACAUCUCCACGCCCGCCAUGGCCGACAAGCUCGGCCUCGACUUUGCCGAUAUCUUCUGUCAGUCGGACCAGUUCCGCCGCAACGAGGCGCUCAUCCUCUCCCUCAGCACGCCCGCGCCGGGCCAGCACGACCUGUCCUUCGCCACGCAGUAUCCCACGAGCUACGCCGUUCAGUUUGUCGCGAACCUGUGGAAGCGCGCGCGCAUGUACUGGCGUGCGCCCGACUACAACGCCGUGCGCUACUUGUUCACGGCCGCCAUGGCGCUGCUCAUCGGCGGGGUGUACUGGGGGCUGGGGCAGCAGCGCGCCACGCAGCAACAGGUGCUGAACGUGAUGGGCGCCCUGUAUACCGCGGCGCUCUUUGUGGGGUGGAACAACGCCGCAUCCGUGCAGCCCAUCGUGGCCGUCGAGCGCACCGUCUUCUACCGCGAGCGCGCCGCAGGGCUGUACAGCUCUCUGCCGUACGCGCUGGCGCAGGGGGCCAUUGAGGUGCCGUACGUGGUGGUGCAGACGGCGGUGUACUCGCUUAUCACCUUCUCCAUGAUCCACUUUGAGUGGACGGCUGGCAAGUUCUGGUGGUACGCGCUCUUCAUGUUCCUCACGCUGCUCUACUUCACGUGCUACGGACUCAUGGCCAUCGCCGUGUCGCCCAACGAGCAGCUCGCCAUGGUGCUCUCCUCCUCCUUCUUCUCCACCUGGAACCUUCUCUGCGGCUUCCUCAUCACCAGACCUCAAAUCCCGGUGUGGUGGCGCUGGUUCUACUGGAUAGAUCCUGUCGCAUGGACCCUCUACGGCCUCAAUGUCGCGCAGCUGGGAGAUGUGACCACCACCAUUCAAGUGCCAGGCAUGUCGCCGGACCCCACUGUUCAAGGCUACCUGGAGGAGGUGUUUGGCUACCAGUACUCAUGGCUGGGUUACGUGGUGCUUGCUCUUGCCGGUUUUGUCAUUCUAUUCUUCAGUGUUUUUACCUUCGCCUUGAGAAGGUUCAACUUCCAAAAUCGUUGAGCAUGCUGCCGAGUAUCAACUCUUUGCCAAGGAUGUAGAUUCUUCCCAAGGUGUUUAAUGACUGAUAUCAAGUGUAAUUUUUCUUAUGC